UUACUACGGGGACUAAAUGCAAACACUAUAGUCACCUCCUAUUCUGUAUGAUGCCAUUGCAUGGAGCUUGGACAUAUUGGCAGUGGACUCUAAUUGGCAAUUGCUUGCGCGACUGGAGCUGAGGACCAACUGCAUCAAUUUACCUCCGCUGCUUAGAGUUUUCUAAUUGCUAACUGCACGAGCGCCUUCCAGCAUUUCUACCGAACCUCCCAUUUUAUUUGGUGGAUGUUGAAGACAGAUUUGAUAUGUGUUGGUGCUGCAAGGAAUCAUACAAGUGCGAACCGAUGAUGACUCUAUGUCGAUCGAAGUUGUAGAUCAGCACUUGUGAAACUAAAUCAUAAAUUGCUGUCUAUGCGAACAUUGUGAUGGGAUGUGAGAUAUGCAGUUUUUCCUUGCCAGGUUUGCUGCUACGCAUGCUCCCACUUUUUAAGAUUGUUCCCUUGCGUAGGUGAUCGCAAGGGAUUCGCUCGUGGAGUUUUGGGUGCUUGACUAUACAUUUUAAUUAUUGCUACUAUGACUUCAGAUCGCUAUGAUUACAAGAAAAUGUUGGAGGCUGGUUGGACACUGAGAUGCUGAGCCAUUUUAAUUUGCCUCUGACGCGAUCAAAAUAGCUAUUGCACAAAUUUGCCGGCUGGCGCACGCUGGGCUUGUUGAAAGAAGGAUACUGUAGAAGAACCGCGCUUUGCAUCAAAUUCGAGCUUUUCGUCCAAUUUUAACAAUUACUUUUUCAUUGCUGGGAAGCCUUGCCUAUUGUCAGCAGCUUAGCGUGACGAUGCGUCAAAACAUCAAAAUCAGAUUACGAGACUACAAAGCAUUAUAAAAACUUGUUCCUGUCCCAGCGAUGUAAAGUGUCCUUGAUUGAUGCUCAGUUUACUUACCACAACUUGAGAAAUAUGGAAGCAGUUUGCUGAUAUUUAGUAUGAAUGUAAUCGCCAAGGUUCACCAGCUCAGCAAAUGUUUGCAAAGUCGCUGAAAUAUUCAGCCCUGCAUCUGCUAGUGAAAAUACAUGUCGAGCUCAAAUUGGUAAAAUCAUUGUGAUGACGUAAUUUCUGGCUUUUUGUGAGUCGAUAAAGAAACUGGACGUGAAUACAACGAAUUUGUCGCAGUUGUGAAAAGUCGAUGAAAAAUCAUUGGCAAAGUUAAGCGCAUGACGUUCGCUCUUAAUUAUAAAAUACCAAUUGGGACCGGUUAGCUUGGCGCGGAACGUUUAAAGGAGGGCUUGUAAUUUGCGAUCAUUGCAAAUUUUGCUCGAGUGUAUCGACGAAUGCUGUCAGGCCGCAUCAUGGAAAUUCUUUAGGUUACUUGUGAAGAAGCAUUCGAUAUCUGCCAGCAUAUUUUCGCUAAAGACGUUGAGCUACGAUGUUCUCAACUGAAACUGUUAUAUCUGUAGUAACAGCUUUGCCAGAGAUAACCGAAGUGUAACCAAAUGAAGAGAGAACACAGGCUUUCGAAGCGAACCAAUGGAAGAUAAGCAAGCUUGGUCAGUCAGAAUUUAGCCGACUAGCAAGACCCGCAGGUUUUAAGCGCUUAAAAAUUAGAAAUAAAGGCGUCAAGGGUUUUGCAAAUUCAAUUGAGUCAAUAACAAAAUUUUGUUGAGGACAACUUGUCUAGUAAACGUUAAAUGGGCUUCGAAAUUAUGCACUAUUGAAUAUGUGCAACAAGAUGAUCUGCAUUUAAGCUAUUCGGAUGUUAAUUACGUUGAGACCGAGCGCAAAAAUGACUGUCGAAUCUGUGCAACUGUUGUCAUUUAUACGUUGGGGACUUGAACGUGCAAAAGAGCAGCGUAUGCAAUUUAUCGAAACUGAUGCUUUCACGAAAUCGAUAUCGCCACAUGGUGACUUUGCUAUGGUAUGGGCUGACAUGCACAAUGAUCAAAAAGAAGCAAUAUUUUAAGUGUACUAUAUAAAUAUUUUCAUGGAAACAUGGACUCAUGUGACAUAAAUAUGUAUAGACUCAUUGGCUCGACGACACCGUCGCACAUUGCAUAACAUUCUAUCGCUGUGCAAGCCAAUCGAAAUCAAAAUUUCUAUGUGGGAAGACAACACUCGACUACUUUCGUCGCGC